AUGGCGUCCGCCAACGAGAAAGAUUUCAAAGAGGCCAUAGGCACUGAGCAUGUCAUCGACGACCAGGUCAAAGGCCCGGCGGUUAAGGAGGCACAGGUCGCCUCUGUGGCCUUGACGGCGGCCGUGAAUGCGCAGAAGCCUUCGUUAUGGAGCAAGAACAUGACACAGCUGUACUGCCUCAUGGGCGUCGGAUACCUGGUCUCGACAAUGAACGGGUUCGACAGCAGUCUGAUGGGCUCGAUCAACGCCAUAUCAAGCUACCAGAAGACUUUCGGUCUGGACGGCGCCGGCAGUACGACUGGAAUCAUCUUCAUUAUCUACAACUGCGGACAGAUCGCUGCCUUCCCGUUCUGUGGCUUCUUCGCUGACGGAUACGGUCGAAGGAUGUGCAUCUUUGUCGGGUGCCUUCUGGUCCUAGUCGGUACUGCCAUCCAGACGUCUGCGAACAGUAUGGGCCAAUUCAUUGGAGGUCGGUUCGUGCUUGGCUUUGGCGCCAACAUUGCCUCUGCUGCUGGGCCAGCAUACACCGUCGAGCUGGCUCAUCCGGCUUACAGAGGCACAAUGGCUGGAAUGUACAACAACUUCUGGUGGCUUGGAAACAUUUUAGCUGGAUGGACUACUUAUGGCACGGACCUGCACUUUCCCGAAUCUUCCUGGGCAUGGCGGACUCCCACAUUGGUUCAAUGUGCCUUGCCCAGUGUCGUUAUGUGUCUCGUCCUAUUCUUCCCCGAAUCACCACGCUGGUUGAUCAUGAAAGAUCGUCGAGAAGAAGCCGCUGCAAUCCUUGCCAAAUACCACGGUGACGGCGACGCCAACGCACCCAUUGUGACUUUGCAAAUACAUGAAAUCACCGCAGACAUGGCUGCAAGCCGUGACGACAACCCGUGGUGGGACUUCAGAGAACUCGUCCACACACCCGCAGCACGCUACCGUCUCUUCAUGGUCAUCGCAAUGGCCUUCUUCGGCCAAUGGUCCGGCAACAACGUCGUCAGCUACUUCAUGCCCCAAAUGAUCGAAAACGCCGGCAUAACCAACACCUCCACGCAACUCCUCAUCAACGCCAUCAACCCAAUCUUCAGCAUGAUCGGCGCCGUGUACGGAGCAACUCUCCUCGACCGCCUCGGCAGAAGGACGAUGCUUCUCGCUGGACUCACCGGCGGCCUGUUCUGUUACUGUCUCCUGACUGCUUUCACGGCGGAGUCUGAGAAGAACGACAACCUCGCAUACGGGACUAUCGUCAGUAUCUACCUCUUUGGGAUAUUCUUCGCUUGGGGCUGGACGCCACUUCAGACGCUUUAUCCGGUUGAAUGUCUCGAGAACCGGACACGAGCUAAGGGGAGUGGUCUGAACUUCUUGUUCUUGAAUGUCGCUAUGGUCGUCAACACAUACGGUAUCAGCGUUGGUAUUAAGAAGAUCGGCUGGAAGCUGUAUCUUGUCUACAUUGCUUGGAUCAUUGUUGAGCUGGUGGUCAUUUACUUCUUUUUCGUGGAAACUGCAGGCAAGACUUUGGAGGAGCUGAGCGAGAUUUUUGAGGCGAAGAAUCCGAGGAAGGCGUCGACGAGGAAGGUCAAGGUGGAGAUGGAUGAAGCGGGAAAUGUUGUCCAUGUUGAGUAG